AUGUCCCUGCCUCAUGCCAUGGGGCCCUUUGAGCUCGAUGGCAACGUCGUCGCGGGAAUCAGGCACAAAUAUUUUCUCAAGGUCGUGGAGCUUGGCGAGCUGGGACAAGGCACCUGCGAAGGCGAAUUUGUGUCUUUGAAAGCGAUAUCAACCGCCAGCCCAGGGUUUUGCCCCGAGCCUUAUGCCUGGGGCCGCUGCUCUCAACUACGACCCAAGAAACACUUCCUCUUGGUUGAGUUUCGCGAUAUCGCUUCCCAGCCCGCCGAGCCGCAGAGACUCGCCGCAGGACUGGCGGAGCUUCACGCUCGCUCUCACUCGCCGACGGGCAAGUUUGGCUUCCACAUGAGGACGUGCCACGGGCCCAUCGCCCAGGCAGUCGACGUGUGGGAUGCUUCUUGGUGCAACGUAUUCAAGCGCCACCUACAACACAUCGUUGACCUCGCGAAUCCCAUCCUAAGCUGGCCCGAGUUUGCCACGAUCGCAGAGUUGACGUUGGACAAGGUGGUUCCCCGACUGCUUCUCCCGCUGCAAGCAGACGGCCGCUCCCUCAAACCAUGCCUUGUCCACGGCGAUGCCUGGGACGGGAACUGCGCCAUGGAUGCUCAAAGUGACCGGGCUUUCGUCUUUGACGCUUGCAGCUUUUACGCCCACAACGAGUACGAUACCGGCAACUGGCGAGCUCCGAGACACAGGCUCAGCAACAAGGCCUACAUACACCACUAUCAGCUCCACCUCCCGGCGUCGGAGCCAGUGGACGACUGGGAUGCCAGGAAUCUCCUCUAUUCGCUGCCAUUCAACAUUGGGAACGCAAUACACGUGCCCGGGUCAACUCAGCGACAAGUAGUCUACGAAGAUAUGACAACCCUUUGCACCAUGCUCUAUCCCAACGACCUCGACCAGCGGAUGCGGGAGAAUCACGACAAGACAUUUGAGCCGGAAAUAUCCACAUCGUACAGGUAA